AACAGUGAGUAAAAUUCACAUGGUCUCCUGGCUUUAAAUGCCUGCAACAGCGCCACGAAACAAAACCUACACCGAAACGAAACGUACCAAGGAAAUAGAAACUUACCUUAUAGCUUCCGCGACUGUCCUGUUAUUCGGGCAGUGAGGUUUUUUACCUGCCGACGAGCAACACUGUCCCCAGCGCGACCCUCUCUACAUUUUAAGAAGAUGAAUUCUCUGAACCAGCAGUACGAGGAGAAGGUGCGUCCCUGCAUUGACCUGAUCGACUCCCUCCGCUCUCUGGGAGUGGAGAAGGACCUGGCGCUGCCUGCCAUAGCCGUGAUAGGGGACCAGAGCUCCGGGAAGAGUUCGGUGCUGGAGGCGCUGUCCGGGGUGGCUCUGCCAAGAGGAAGCGGCAUUGUUACAAGAUGUCCUCUGGAGCUGAAGAUGAAGAAAAGGAACGAAGGUCAGGAUUGGUAUGGAAAGAUCAGUUACCAAGAACAUGAGGAGGAGAUAGAAAAUCCUGCAACUGUGGAGAAAAUAAUUGCAAGAGCACAAAAUAAAAUAGCUGGAAAGGGCAGUGGGAUCAGCGAUGAACUCAUUACUCUGGAAAUCGCCUCCCCGAAUGUCCCAGACCUGACUCUCAUCGAUCUUCCUGGCAUUGCCAGGGUGGCGGUGGCGGGACAGCACGAGAGAAUCGGUGAUCAGAUAAAGGGACUCAUCGAGAAGUACAUCAAAAAACAGGAAACCAUCAGUCUGGUGGUGGUUCCAUCCAAUGUGGACAUAGCGACCACAGAGGCUUUGCACAUGGCUAAACAGGUUGAUCCCUUUGGAGAGAGGACUCUGGGUAUUCUGACUAAGCCUGACUUGGUGGACAAAGGCACAGAGGAGACAGUGUUGAAAACAGUCCACAAUAAAGUCAUCCCUCUGAAGAAGGGCUACAUGAUUGUCAAAUGCAGAGGCCAGAAGGAGAUUUCAGAGAAUCUGUCUCUUGCUGAAGCAAUCGAGAGAGAGAACGCCUUCUUUCAUGAUCAUUCGCAUUUCCAGACUCUGUUAUAUGAUGGUCUGGCCACCGUCCCUAAACUAGCAGAAAAACUCACACUGGAGCUUGUGAAUCACAUCCAGAGAUCCCUGCCUGAACUGGAAAAGCAGAUGGAGACUAAACUGAAAGAGACUCAGGCAAAGUUGGACAAAUUGGGCUGUGGACCGCCGACUGAUUGCACUGAGAGACUUGGUUUCCUUAUCGAUAGGGUGACGGCAUUCACACAGGAUGCCAUUUACCUCAGCAAAGGGGAGGACAUAAAAUGUGGAUACAAGUCCAAGAUCUUCUCCAUACUCAGACAACAGUUUGCUGUUUGGAAAACAAUUAUCGAUAACUCCGGAACAACAUUCAACUGGAAUAUUCAGAAGGAGGUGGCUCAGUAUGAACGCAAGUACCGCGGGAAAGAGCUCCCAGGCUUCGUCAACUACAAGACGUUCGAAGCCAUGGUGAAGGAGCAGAUCAAGGAGCUGGAGGAGCCUGCGAUCAUAAAACUCAAGGAGGUGACAGAACUUGUGAAGAAAGAGCUGUUUGGAUUGGCCCAGAGGAGCUUGGUUGGCCUGCCUAACCUUAUCAGAACUGCUAAGAUGAAGAUCGAAGCCAUCGGUAACGACAAGGAAGCCUUGGCGGAGUCCAUGCUGCGGACCCAGUUUAAGAUGGAGCUGAUUGUCUACACCCAGGACUGCAGAUACAGCAAGAAGUUGGGGAAGAGGAAGAGAGAAGAAAUCCCCAACAACAACGAAACUGGAGCCAACCUGAAGGAGAUGAUGAGACACCUGAAAUCCUACUACCAAAUUGCUGGUCAGCGUCUGGCCGACCAGAUCCCCCUGGUGAUCCAGUACCAGGCGCUGCAGGAGUCUGCCGUUCAGCUGCAGAGAGACAUGCUGCAGAUGCUUCAAGACAAGGAGAAAAUGGAGCUGCUGCUCCAGGAGGACGGAGGCGUGAAAAACCACAGAGUCCUCCUGCACAACUCCAUCAAGCGUCUCUCCAAGGCACGCAUCGUGCUAAGUGAAUUCAGCAUGAACACAUACGACUUCAGCACAACAGAAUCGUCUUAUUUUAAAUCAGAAGCGAUGACUACAUUGAAUCAACACUACGAGGAGAAGGUGCGUCCCUGCAUCGACCUGAUCGACUCCCUCCGCUCUCUGGGAGUGGAGAAGGACCUGGCGCUGCCUGCCAUAGCCGUGAUAGGGGACCAGAGCUCCGGGAAGAGUUCGGUGCUGGAGGCGCUGUCCGGGGUGGCUCUGCCAAGAGGAAGCGGCAUAGUCACAAGAUGUCCUCUUGAGCUGAAGAUGAAGAGAAGGAGAGAAGGCCAGGACUGGUAUGGAAAGAUCAGUUACCAAGAAUUUGAGGAGGAGCUAAAUGAUCCUGCAAUUGUGGAGAAAAAAAUCAGAGAAGCACAGGAUGAAAUGGCCGGAGUCGGAGUGGGGAUUUGCGAUGACCUCAUCACUCUGGAAAUUGCUUCCCCGGACGUGCCGGACCUGACUCUCAUCGACCUUCCUGGCAUCGCCAGGGUGGCUGUAAAGGGACAACCAGAGAACAUUGGUGAUCAGAUAAAGCGACUCAUCGACAAGUUUAUUAAAAAACAAGAAACCAUCAGUUUGGUGGUGGUUCCAUCCAAUGUGGACAUCGCGACCACGGAGGCUUUAAAGAUGGCUCAACAGGUUGAUCCCGAUGGAGAAAGGACUCUGGGUAUUUUGACCAAACCUGACCUGGUGGACAAAGGCACGGAAGAGACGGUGGUGGAAAUAGUCAACAACGAAGUCAUCCAGCUGAAGAAAGGCUACAUGAUCGUCAAAUGCAGAGGCCAGAAGGAGAUCACAGAGAAGGUGUCUCUGACUGAAGCCAUUGAGAGAGAGAAAGACUUCUUUAAAAAUCACCCCUAUUUCCACACUUUGUACAACAAAGAGCUUGCAACCGUUCCCAUUCUGGCGGAGAAACUUACCAUUGAGCUGGUGCAUCACAUCGAGAAAUCUCUCCCAAGACUGGAAGAGCAGAUAGACGACAAGCUGAAGCAAACUCAGAUGGAGCUCGACCGGUACGGUAACGGACCUCCGUCCGAUGCGGCGGAGAGACUCGUCUUCCUGAUUGAUAAAGUGACGGCGUUCACCCAGGAUGCCAUCAGUCUGACCACAGGGGAGGAGCUGAAGUGCGGGGAGAGACUCAACGUCUUCACUGUGCUUAGGAGAGAGUUUGGGAAUUGGAAGGCGCACCUGGACAAUUCAGGAGAAAAUUUUAACAGAAAAAUCGAAAGAGAGGUGGAGGAAUAUGAGGAGCGGUACCGUGGAAGAGAGCUACCAGGCUUCAUCAACUACAAGACCUUCGAGGUGAUGGUGAAGGAGCAGAUCAAACAGCUGGAAGAACCAGCCAUCAUGAAGCUUAAGGGUGUCGGAGAUGCUAUCAAGAAAACUUUCACUCAGCUGGCCCAUAACAGCUUCAUGGGAUUCCCCAAUCUUUUGAAAACAACCAAGGCAAAGAUUGAGGCCAUUAAGCAGCUAAAGGAAUCCUCUGCUGAACUGAUGUUGAGGACCCAGUUUCAGAUGGAGCUGCUGGUUUACUCCCAGGAUAAGACCUACAGCAGCAGUCUGACUGAGAGCAAGAGUGAAGAGGAGAAAGAGAAAGACCUCUACAAUCAGCAGGCUCUCAAACUCCCUACUAAAAGCCCCAUUACAUCCCUUUCAAGGAGCAUGGUGUUCUGCAUGGACAAUCAUGCAACACUUCAAGAGCUGAUGGUGCAUCUUAAAUCAUACUACAAAAUUGCCGGAAUGCGUCUGGCCGACCAGAUCCCCCUGGUGAUCCGCUAUGAGAUGCUGCAACAGUCCGCCGUCCAGCUGCAGAGGGAAAUGCUGCAGUUGCUUCAGGACAAGGAAAAUGUGGACUUCCUACUGAAGGAGGACUACGACAUCGGCAACAAGAGGGAUGCGUUGCAGAGUCGCACGAAGCGCCUCAUGGAGGCCCGGAGAUACCUGGCGGAGUUCUAG